GAUUCAUUUGUUUUUUCUUCUCCACCAUUAUUUUUCUUCAUCUUAACAUUCAUAUUUCUAAAUUUAACACAUUUCCGAAAAAUUCGACUAGGUGAUAAUGCCUUGUGGUGUUACAGGGUCCAAACACGAUAGGAAUCUCAUCUUCUCUAGCUAGUUACUUGAGAAUUGAAUUUAGCUUUAUCACGAAAUAAAAGAGAAAACCUUUAAAUCACAAGACCAAUCCUCAAUCUACAAUUCUCAUUGAUUUUUAAAUAGGGGUCUCUACUUUGUAGUAACUAGUGAGAGUUGAACCUAGCCUCUAUCAUAAGACAAGAAGAGAAAGUCUCAACCCACCAGACCAAUCCUUAAUCCUCAUUUCUCACCGCUUUUGAAAUAGGGGUCUCCUUCUCUCUAGUAACUGGUGAGAAUCGAAGCUAACUCUAUCACAAGACAAGAAGAGAAGACCUCAAGCCACCAGACUAUCCUCAAUCCUCAACUGCUUUUUAAAUAUGAGUCUCAUCCACUCUAGUAACUGGUAAGAAUUGAAUCUAAUUUUAUCACAAGACAAGAUUAGAAAAAGCUUCAAACACUAGACAAAUCCUCAAUCCUCAAUCCUCAAUCCUCAAUUCUUACCGCUUUUUAAUCUACAAACACACAAACCUAUACAACCAAACAAUGCAUCAUAUGCUAAGCAACAAAGUGAUAUGUUUCCUAAACCUCUUUUCCCUCCUAGUAUCGAUUCCGAUCAUCGGCGCCGGACUAUGGAUGACCAAAAACAGCACAACAUGCCAAAGCUUCCUUCAAAAACCUCUACUAAUAGUGGGAUUAAUUGUACUAAUCAUCUCCUUAGCAGGGUUUAUAGGGUCAUACUAUCAAGUAGCAUGGGCACUAAAAGUGUACUUAGUGGUCAUGUUACUACUUAUAGUAACUUUGUUGAUCAUUACUAUUUUUGGGUCUGUGGUUACAAGUCAAGGAGGUGGUAUUGGAGUACCGGGAAGACUUUAUAGGGAGUUCCAAUUUAAGGAAUACUCCCCUUGGUUAAGGGAUAGGUUGAAGGAUCCUUUAUAUUGGAAUCAAAUUAGAGGAUGCAUUUUUGGGUCUAAGACUUGUAAUAAUCUUCUUGCUUGGACUCCUUUUGAUUAUCUUAAGAAUGAUUUGACUCCUGUUCAGUCAGGAUGCUGUAAACCACCAACAUCAUGCAGGUACGAGCCAACAGCAAUGAUGAUGGAUCAAGAUCCGGAUUGCUUCAAAUGGAACAAUAACCCCACCUUGUUAUGCUACCAAUGUGAUUCUUGUAAAGCUGGGGUGCUUGAAACUAUUAGAAGGGAUUGGCAUAAAAUCUCUAUUCUUAACGUGGUUGUGCUUGUUUUGCUCAUUGCCAUUUUCUUUAUUGGUUGUUGUGCUUUCCGAAACACUCGUCGGGCGCAAUCCAAUUACCCGUAUUGGUUUGGCAUGAAUAAAGCCCGUCCUAGAUGGAACUUCUACUGGUGAUUGGCAAUUGGUGAUUGGUGAUUGGUGAUUGGUGAUUGGUGAUUGGUGAAGGGUGAUCGGUGAUCGAGGUGGAAAUCUACAAAAUAGUGCUAAAGUCAUUUCCUAAUUCUCUAUUAAAAGGAGAAGCAAGGUUGCAAAGUGCAAACUACACAAGGAAGUGGGAAAAGAUUUUCAAAAACAUAGUUUUAUGCUUUGCAAAUUAGUGUAGUUUGUCCACCAAAAUUGAGUAAAUUUAAAACAAAUGGUUGUUUACCUUUUUUUGUACAUUCUUAUUAACAUUAUCAGUAAGUCUUAUAUGAGACUGUCUCAUCAUAAAACUGACCUAUAUAAUC